GGAACUACUGCAGACGAAAAACAAAAAGCAAGUGGGUUUGACAGGAAGGGAGGGGGGAGGUGGGCAACACAAAGGACACAAUUUCUAGGUACAGGUGUGCUUGACAGAAAUGCAGAGUAGAGUGAGGGGGGGCACCCAGUAGGACACCUGCCUUGAGAUUGCUGUUUUGGUGUGCCCCCCUUCCCCCACCCCACGCCUACAGCAGGACGCUAGCCAUGACUCUUCUGUGGAUCCUCUUCCUCGGCCUGGUCUCCAGGACUUCAUGUGUGGCGAUGAAUGUCUGUACGGCCAACGGGACCACCCGCUCCUACAUCUGCUUAGGAAGUAAAGUGGACCAGAUGCCUGCAGCCAUCCCGAGAAACAGCAGCUAUGCUGAGUUUAAGCUGACACAGCUGAGGUUAAUUCCACACAAGGCCUUCUCAGAAUUGCAUCAGCUUUCCGAAAUAAUGUUGUCGGAGAACGGAGCCUUGGAGAGGAUCGCAACACAUGCCUUUUUCAACCUAUCAAACCUGACCAAGAUAACCAUCACCAAAUCAAAACACCUCGUCAUCAUUCACAAAGACGCGUUCUGGAAACUGCCAAGAUUGAAGUACCUGACCAUUUCAAACACUGGAUUGAAGUCAUUGCCCGAUUUCUCCAAGAUCAACUCAGCGGUGAAGGUCUUGUUGUUUGAACUUCAGGAUAACUUGGACAUAAAAGUUAUUCCUCCCAACGCUUUCCUGGGUCUAAGUAGUGAUACCAUAAGAGAACUGAGACUCACCAAAAACGGAAUAAUUGAGGUGCUGAGUCACGCCUUCAAUGGCACCAAACUGGACAGACUGUUGCUCAUGGGGAACCAGAAGUUGAGACGGAUCCACAGUCAGGCAUUCUCAGGAGCAGAGGGCCCCGUUGCUCUGGACAUAUCCCGCACGUCCAUCAGCGCGUUGCCUGAGAACAUGCUGUGGAGGCUGAAGCAGCUCACAGCCGAGUCAGUGAACACCCUGAAGAAGUUGCCCAACUUGAAACUGUUCAGCCAGCUCAUUGAGGCCAACCUCACCUAUCGUAGUCACUGCUGCGCCUUCGCCAACUCCAAAAAGAACAUGUCAGUGGUGGACAAGCUAUGCAACAACUCCAACAUCAAGCAAGAAGAACCACAGUGGCACCUGGAGCACUGCACCAUCGAGGUUUCCUGCCACCCCAAACCGGACGCCUUUAACCCCUGCGAGGACAUCAUGGGCUUCACCUACCUGCGCGUGCUGAUCUGGAUCAUCAGCGUGCUGGCGAUUGUGGGCAACUCAGUGGUUCUCCUGGUCCUGCUCACCAGCCGCUACAAGCUGACGGUGCCCCGCUUCCUCAUGUGCCACCUGGCCUUCGCCGACCUCUGCAUGGGCAUCUACCUGUUGGUCAUCGCCUGCAUGGACAUCCACACCAAGUCCCGCUACUACGAGUAUGGCAUCGACUGGCAGACGGGACCCGGCUGCGAUGCGGCGGGGUUCUUCACCGUCUUCGCCAGCGAGCUGUCGGUCUACACGCUCACCGCCAUCACACUGGAGCGCUGGCACACCAUCACCUUCGCCAUGCAGCUGGACAGGAAGCUACGACUCCGGCAUGCCUGCGCCGUGAUGGCGGGGGGCUGGCUCUUCGCCUCUAUGGCCGCCCUCCUGCCCACAGCCGGCGUCAGCAGCUACACCAAGGUGAGCAUCUGCCUGCCCAUGGAUGUGGAGACGGCGCAGUCUCAGGCGUACAUCAUCAUCCUGCUGCUCUUCAACGUGCUGGCCUUCCUGGUCAUCUGCGUGUGCUACCUGAGGAUCUACCUGACGGUGCGCAACCCCAGCUUUGUGUCGGCCAACGCCGACACGCGCAUCGCCAAACGCAUGGCCGUGCUCAUCUUCACCGACUUCCUGUGCAUGGCGCCCAUCUCGUUCUUCGCCAUCUCGGCGGCCCUCAAGCUGCCGCUGAUAACCGUGUCCAACUCUAAGGUGCUCCUGGUGCUCUUCUACCCUAUAAACUCCUGCUCCAACCCCUUCCUCUACGCCUUCUUCACCAAGACCUUCAAGCGGGACUUCUUCAUCCUGGCCAGCCGCUUCGGCUGCUUCAAGACGCGGGCGCAGAUCUACCGCACCGAGAUCUCAUCCGUGCAGAACGGCGGCUGGGUGCCCACCCCGAAAACCAGCGACGGCACCCUUUACUCUCUGGUGCCUAUCAACAACCCCCACUGACCUCUCGCAUCCCUUCAUCAAAACCCAUUAUUUCAUCUGAGCUUGUACACUCCCAAACCUUCCCCUCCCCCCCCAAACAUAAACACAAAUGUACACCAAAUGCAGGCCUGGUGGAUUUGCCAUGUUCUCAAAGCU